AUAUAUGUUGCCAUUCAUCUUGAUGCCACUAGAAGCCGCUGUUUACAAUUUCCCGGUAAAUUCGGAUCCAAACCAGCGCGACAGGGCCACAAUUUGGACUCGUGUCUAACUUUCUUUUUUCUUUCCUACUUUCUCCCUUUGGAAUUUAUGACUGUCAGCUGAUGCUAGGAACAAGAAAGUUCUAAAAUUUUUGAAAUUGUGCUGUCAUUUUAAUUUCUUUAUUCAUGUAAUCAGUUUAUAAUUUUGUAAGAGCCCUGACAUUUUAUUUAUUUACUUAUUAGUUGAUUGGUUGUAAUUUGUCUACUGCGUCUGUGUAUGUAUGUUGUUAACAGAUUGUUAAAUCAAGAAUUGUUAAAAAAAACUCACUUUCUUUCUGGAAACAAAUCAGACAUAAACCCGUAUACAUAAUUUAUGAUCAAUUACAAAUACAAUUUCCGUUUCACUUAGUUCUCUGGCUGUGAGUAAAAUGAUCGAACGGUUUCGAGCCUCCUCCAAACGCACCUUUUUCCGUUCCACCCGUGCAAAGAACUCUGGGAAAUCGAGUCCAACGUGCUUCGUAAUUCAAGCCCCUCAUUAUUCAUUUAUUUCGCCACCACUCGCAAAAUGCCGGCCGUACACCACAAGCUACUCCUGGAGGACGCUUUGCAGGACAGUCCUCAGACUCGUUCCUUGCUCAGCGUCUUUGAGGAGGAUGCAGCGAACCUCACGGACUACACCAACCAGCUGCUCCAGUCCAUGCAACGCGUGUUUGGCGCUCAGAGUGAAAUGGGUUUGGCCACGGAGCAGCUUUCACGGCAACUUCUUGACUACGAAAAGAAAAAUUUUGCCCUUGGCAAAGGUGAUGAAGAAGUCGUCUCCACGCUGCAGAACUUUGCCAAAACGGUGGAGGAGCUGAACUCGCUGCACUUGGAGCUCGCCAACCAGAUGGCGGACACCAUGGUCUUCCCUUUGAUCCAGUUCAGAGAAAAAGACCUUACGGAGAUAAGCACGCUGAAGGAAAUAUAUGGCAUCGCCACCGAUGAGCACGAGGCAGCCAUGGUCAAGUAUAGCCGCUUACCCAAAAAGAGGGAGAAUGAAAAGCUGAAGGCAGACUUGGUGAAAGAGGUGGCGUACACUCGCAGGAAGCAGCACCAGGCCUCGCUGCAAUAUUACUGCGCCCUCAAUGCCCUGCAGUACCGCAAGAGGGUGGCCAUGUUGGAACCCAUGCUAGGCUACACGCAAGCACAGGUUCUUUUUUUCAAGAAAGGCCUUGAGUUGGUAUCAAAGAAGUUGGACAACUUUCUCUCCUCUGUGUCAAACAUGACGCAAAACGUCCAGGUUCAAAUGGAUGCGGAAGCCGAGGCCAUGCGCGUGUUGCAGAAGGAACUCCUGUCUGUGGAUGACUCGGUCUACAUGCUGGACAAGGACGCCGAGCCCAUCAAUCGCGCGCUGAUCCAGAAGGCCGGCUUCCUCAACAUCAGGAACAAAACCGGGCUGGUGACCACGGCGUGGGACCGCCUCUACUUCUUCACGCAGGGGGGCAACCUCAUGUGCCAGCCAAGGGGGGCCGUGGCGGGGGGCAUGGUCCUGGACCUGGACAACAGCUCCGUCAUGGCCAUCGAGUGCGAAGACAGACACUACUGUUUCCAAAUCACCUCCCCCUCCGGAAAAGCGUCAAUGAUUCUACAAGCGGAGAGCAAGAAGGAAUAUGAGGAGGUAAGAACCAACCUUCACCGAGGAACUCUCGUUUUCCUUGCUGUCAUCACUCUUGUGCUUCCUCCUCAGUGGAUUUGCACAGUGAACAACAUCUCCAGACAGAUCUACCUGACCGACAACCCCGAGGCUGUGGCCAUCCGAUUGAACCAAACCGCCAUCCAGGCCGUCACCCCUGUCACCAGCUUUGAAAAGAGGCAGGAAGGCGCACCCGACCCUGACAGAGCCAAGCCGGGGGGCGUCUACUCCACCAGCACUGCAUCCCAGAAGUCUGGAAGCGGCCCGGAGCCGGAAGAUCUGAUCGCGCCCGGUACGCCCAUCCAGUUCGACAUUGUACUGCCAGCCUCGGAAUUCCAGGACCAGAACAGGGUGGACGGAAAGCGCACUAAUCCAUUUGGCGAAACGGAUGAUGACUGUUCUCUCGAAAGCGACGACUCGCUCUUGCAGCAGGUGUUUGCCGUGCGCUUCCUGGGCUCCAUGGCGGUGCGCUGCGGCGACAACCAGGAGGUGAUCUACGAGGCCAUGAGGCAGGUGCUUGCCGCCCGGGCCAUCCACAACAUCUUCAGGACCACCGAGUCGCACCUGAUGGUGACCAGCAGCGACCUGAGGCUGAUCGACCCUCAGACUCAAGUCACAAGAAUAAGCUUCCGGCUGGGCGAGGUGUGCCAGUUUGCGGCCCACCAGGAGAACAGCAGGCUGAUGGGAUUGGUGGUGGAAGGCGGCGACUGGAGCGGCGGAGGCGGCGGCGGGGAUGACGACGAAGGGGGCGAGCCCUCGUUUUGCGCCUUCGUCUUUGAGAGCAACACGGAGGGAGAGAAGAUAUGCUACACCAUGAGUUUGGCGAAGGACAUCACAGAGGCAAAAAAGGACCCCGCGGCUCUGGCCCAGCUGAUGAAGAACAUGCCGCUCACCAACGACGGUAAAUUCCUGCUCCUGGACGCCGAGAGCAGCGACACGGUCGACGGGGACGGACUGGAGGAUUUGGAGUCGGAAGCCUAGUCCAAAGAAAAAAACAAAAACAAAAAAAAACAACAAAGGGGACUGGAUUUCACCCCACGAUGUUUUUCCUCUGCUGGAACCGCAACAUGGUACUAUCCAGGUGUCACCUUCUCGUUCUCUUUUGAUUUGUUAUGCAUGAGCAUACGCAUCAACCCAAUCGGCUUGGAGUCCCGUUUGACUCAAAAGUUAAAUAUAACUAAAGUGUUUACAAAUAUUUCAAAACGUACACAGGAUGUAACAUUCAGUUUCAACAUUUAAUUUGCGUACCACUACGGGGUGCCGGUAUACGAUUCUAAAUUACAGGUUCAUCAGAAAUGGUAAAGGAUUGACGACCUGCACCAGCGGCAUGACAACUGCAUUUGAUUACGAGCAAGUCACACAAAUGUUGACGGCUUUCUUUGAAGCUUAAGACUGAGUAAAUGCAAAUUUCAGUCACUGUAGGACCAAAAAAAAAAUCUGUCAAGCUCAAGGCCCUAUUAAUAUGCAUAACAAUAGCUGACCACAGUCUAAUAAAAAUGCAUUAGGCAUCUACAUAUUUACUAUUAUACAAAAUUGUAAUUUGUUGACAAAAACUUGUGCAGUCGAGUAACGAAACACCGGCGGCAAUUCAAGACGCUAGCUUUUGGUUUUCUUUGGGGGUUCGUUUGCAGAAAAGAAGCUGGAUUAGAGCCACCCGGUGUACGGGGGACACAUUGCACUUCUUCAGGGUCAGCUCCUGAUUACCCCUAGUGGUACCAUUUUGGUAUUGCAUCCAAGUAGAAGUCCGCAUUAAGUCUUCAAAGCGCAACUUGAUGUUGACGAGUCCUUUGCAUAGGUUUACAUUUAUUUUUUACUUCAUACUUAGAUUGUUUCAUGCUUCUGUGUGUACAUUUUUAGUUCGGUGGUACCUUGACUGAGCAGUCAAAUUUAGUCCAAUUCCUCCAAAAAAGAAAACAUGUUUCCCCAUUGAAACGAACUGUAAUGUAAUUAAUGCGUUCCACAAAAUCAGAAGGAAAUUUGGGAAAAAAAAAUGAACUGGUUUUAUAAAAUGGAAUUACCAUAUUUGUCGUGUGUUAAGGAGCGGGGUCAAUGUGUGUUUGACUGUCCCACUCAAUCAAUGGCUGAAAGGCCAUUGGCGUCUGUGGCGCUCCUUGCUCAGAUGACGGGGCAUUAUUAUGACUAUUAUUAUUUUUUCCCAUUUCACACAGUGACUUAGAAUAUUGACCAAGUGACAGCUUGGUCCAGGAAACACACACACACACUAAAGACUUGAGAUCAGGGUACCGCUGUACUUUAAAUUCUUCACUUAUGUACAUUUUGCACACUAAAAAAAGGGUUGAAUCUGUGUUGUAAACAUAAAAUUUGAAGGCUACAGUUGCACUAAUGAAUGAAUGAAAAGAAACAUUCCAUUCCUUGCGCCGUUAGACACGGCCACAGUUAGCUUGCAUGAGAUAGCCGGGAAAUGAAACAUUUGGAUUGUAAUGUAACAUCCCAUUUCUUUGUUGCUUGUUUGAUUUUGUCGAACUUUCUUCAACGUGAUCUGUACGUCAGCUCCUGCAUGCUGUUGACAGAUUAAAAAAAAUAACAGAUAA